AUGCAGUCCGGAAUUACAGCAUCUUCUGAUCUUCACUCCGCAUUCAGCAACUUUACCAGCGAUACCUCUCUCUUCUGCCUUCCUGCCGGUAUAAGUUCCGAGUCCCUCACGCCUUUACCAGCGAUCCGCUUCCCCUCGACGCAUUCCGGCCUCUUCAACAGCAUCCACACGCUCUCCGAAAUCCUGACGCCGACCGACCCCCUGUACUUGCUCCUCCGUCGUGCUCCUAACUCCAGUGAGCUGAUAGCAAUAACCUAUGUCCCCUCGCGGGCCCCCGUGCGGCAGAAAACUCUGUUUGCAUCAACACGCAACACGCUUAUGCGCGAGCUCGGCACUGAAAAGUUCUCCGAGACGGUCUUCUUGACUGAGAGGGAAGAGAUCCUCGACCCUGCGCAAUGGGAUGAGCGUUCCAAAGGCUCUGCGGCUGCGAGCGGUGGAGUCCCAACCCCCGGUGCGAGGGGAGCCGUGGAUUCUGGGUUGCUCAGCGCAGAGGAGAGGGAGCUGCAAGCUGUGAAACGGGCUGAGGAGGAAGAAAGGCACGGAACGCGGGGAAGAGAUCUGAUGGGCGAGGGAGGAAGUGGCGCCACACAGGGCAAAGGGGGUGUCAUGAUGAAGAUUGCGGAUGAGGCCAAGUCCACUCUGACAGCGUUCAAGGACACUGACAGUUCGGGCGGCAAUAUGGCUGUCUUCGGAAUCGACAUUGCCACGGAAGAGAUUCAGCUGCUGUCCACAAAUUCUGAUGUCCAUCCCGGUGCGGUAGCUGGAAAUAUACCGGGUGAUCGACCGAGUUAUACAUUUUACAAUGCACACGGAGUCUCGGGAAGUAUAUUCAUCUACGUGUGUCCCGGGACGAGCAAGAUCAAGGAAAGAAUGGUCCACGCGAGUUCACGGUUGGGAAUGACCAAAUUGGCUGGGUGGGAAGGUAUUGAGAUUGUGAAGAGGUUGGAGGCCGGAGAUCCGGAGGAGUUACACGGCGAGAGACUGGAGGAGGAGGUCAAGUCUUUGCUCGCCGCGGCGGGUCUUGCUGGUGGAAUUUCCGGUGCAGAAGGCGGCGACAACUCGGGCCCUGGGUCGGGAACUGCAACACCCAGAGGAGGAUUCGCCAGACCAAAGAGACCAGGGAAGAGGUGA